CCAAGUGAAAAGUGCAUCGUCUUCAAGCAUAUUAUUUCAUUAUUUUGAAUUUACUAUUAUCUGAAUUUUCAUCGUUUUGAAUUGGGCAAAUAUUUGUUAGUUCUCGGCCCACUUUCUGAGAAUAUUUUCAAUAGUGAAAACUGAAAAUGUCCAAGCUGUCAUUUAACUUAAUAAUUGUUUUAAAAAAUCGACGUUAGUCCUAAAUUAAGUUUUCCAAAAUUUUACUCCAAAUUAUUCUUUGCUUUGUGUUGUAAUUGCAGAAAACAGGGAACAUGAGGCUUAAAUUAUUCAUACAUGUUUUGUCGAUGAUGUGUGUUAAAAUUGUUUGUAGGGGAACCUCAGAAAGUGUACCAGUGGAGAUCGGUGAUUACCCAUACAUGGUCAGCAUUUACAUUGAUAACUAUCAUUUUUGUGGAGGAAGUCUGAUUCACCAUUCCCAUGUUCUGUCAGCUGCUUCGUGCUUUGAUGACAUUACUUUUUUGAAAGGUCGAGUUAAGGUUUUAAUGGGAAAUGUGAACAUUAGGGAACACACAUCGGCAUUCCAGAUUUAUCGAACGGUGAAAUUACUAAUACAUUAUAAGCAUAAUGGCAGUAGGGAGCUCGACAAUAUAUGUAUCCUUAGGGUCAAGAUCGGGACGCUGCUGAAACUCCCCCAUCAACUUAGAUAUAACAAUUGCCACAAUUACGUCGGAUUCAUUAAAAUAUCACAAUCUCGAGUUUGGCCAGCACCAGGAACAAACUGUAUAACACUUGAUUGGGGAUGGGAUAUAUCAACUUCAGCGGAGACGCAAAUCAAGCAUACACUAAUGGCAAGAAAUCUUUCAUCAAUUUCCUAUACGCAAUGUAAUGAGAUCAUGGAAGGAUCUGCAAUUAAUUACGAUAACCAGUUAUGUGCGGGUAUUCCAGAUGUGGAAGACGAAGCUUGUGAAGAGAUAUUGGCUUAUAAAAACGCUGGAGGUCCACUGAUAUGCAAUGGGGAGCUAUUUGGAAUUAUUACUUCUGGUUUUUCAUGUGACCGUCCGGUAGAUUACGAGUUAUUUAUAAAUGUUGGCCACUAUGCCAAAUGGAUCCAAACUUUGAUUAAUUGGAAUGCUGAAACAAAACCCUUUCAAGCUAUCGUUUUAUACCCCAUGGAUAUUGAUAGAUCAUCAUUUGCGCCUUCAUCAGGGCCUCCAUGCUUGCUUCUGAUUUUUAUAAUGCAAUUAUUUGGAUUAUGACUACUAUCAGUGGCGAAUACACAGAACAUUUAUGAAAGGACAGUGUAUAUGCGAACGUAUAUUCGUACAUUAUGUCGUUAUGUGAAAUUCGUCAACAAAAGUGAACAGCAAAGAAAGUUACCAAAACUCAAAAGAUUUUUUUACUUAAUUGAAAUUUCCAUGGGGAUCGCCGAUGAUAUUUAAGUCCUUGUUGAAGAAGGGAGUUAUAAACCUCUGUCACUAUCAAGCUAUCCAAAAAACCAACGAAUUCUGAGUUUUUUGGAAAAAAACAAAUUUUAUUUAUCCAAAUAUUGUAACUUUUCAUAGGCCUCUACUGAGACGGUAACAUGCAAUAUCUAAAAAAAUAGAACUAAAUUUCCUUUUGUUUAAUUUGACAACUUAGGAAAGUUCGAUAAAUACCAAUAAAACAAUAAUAUGGCAGAAAAAUUGGAAUUUCAGAAAAA